UCCACGUCUCUCAGCAGCACCUUCCUUGCAGGAGAUCUUGGUGGCUAAGGGCACAGGGCUGAAUGAAAAGUUUCACCGGACUCUCAGAAGUCACCGCCUAAGCAUCAAACCUGAUUAACCAGGACAGACGUAAGGUCGGGCGACUUUCAGUGGUUCCCGCCUGCCCACGCUGCAGGUUUUUCAGGUCCCUGCUUGAGCGUGCACUCCCAGGCGUAAAUAAACGUGAUCAGUCAGCCAGCAGGCUAUUUAAGCCGGCAGGUACCAGCAUCCGCUGCUCCCCAGCCCAGAGCUCGCCCAGUCUUCCACACGCGCACGGACCAUGUCGGCGCAGACCGCGAGCGGCCCCACGGAGGACCAGUUGGAGAUCCUGGAGUACAACUUCAAGAAGGUCAACAAGUACCCGGACCCCACCACGCUGUGCCUCAUCGCGGCCGAGGCGGGUCUCACGGAGGAGGAGACGCAGAAAUGGUUUAAGCAGCGCCUGGCGGAGUGGCGGCGGUCAGAAGGUUUGCCUUCGGAAUGCAGAUCUGUAACGGACUAGGGAGCCAGGCCCUUGAGCUUGCUCCGGGAACUCCAUCUGUUCUUCCUUGUCUCAGCUUACCCAGGCUGUUUUGAUGUUUCAGUGCAGUGUUGAAUGUCUCAUUGUUUGUUGUCGUGCUAUUUAACACAAUGUGUUUUUAAAAUGUAUAUAACUAAAAAAAAAAAAAAUAAUAGGAAGCAUUUUUAAUGCAGUUCUGUGUACAGCAUUGGUUGGACUGGGAAUGGGGUGUGGCUUGCAUUUCCCUUUGAAUUUUAAUGAAAGAUGAGUGGGAACACUUUUUGUUCGCCUUUGACCAGCACCUUCCAGUAACAAUUCACACGUACCAUCCACUUCAGAGCUGUCUGGCUUCUGUUGAAAAGAUAAUAGAACAGGCAGGGGUACACCUCCUCGGUCCACUUCCCUGUGCCUUUCCUUCUGCUUCACUUGACACACUGGUGGUUGAAUGAGAACGCAGGUGCAGUUGAGUCACUCAAAUUUUGUAUAUUUGAAUUAUAUAUAUAUAAACAGUUCCUUCUCUUACAUCUAUGUUACCUUGGAAAGCAACCUAGCUUAGCAGCUACAGAGUAGCUAGUUUAGUAGC